AUGAUAGGGCUGGCCCUCACCCUGUUCGACGUCUUCGAUGUGCCCGUGUUCUGGCCGAUCCUCAUGCUCUAUUUUUUGGCGCUGUUCUUCGUUACCAUGAAGACCCGGAUAAAGCACAUGAUCAAAUACAAGUACCUACCAUUCUCAACCGGCAAAAAACCGCAGCGGCUGCCGCACUGGGCCAAAAAGAAGCAGCUCGAAGCGGCAAAAGAUGGCGGCGGCGCCGCGCGCGCCAAGUGGCUGCACCAUCGCUUGAAGGUCAUCCACCGGGCGCUCAAAAAGGCCAAGCAGUUUGAAGUGCGGAAGAUCACGCGGCGGAUUACGCAAGCCAAGGAUGGCAGCAAGGGCAAAGCGCCCGCAGGCGGCGACCAGGACGGCGGCGGUGGCGGCGAGGGGGCGGGCGGCGGCGGCAACAACGGCAAAAGCGGCGGCGGCGGCGGCGGCGCGUCGGCCGCGCUGCCUAAGCUGCAGCAGCAGCUUGAGGCGGCGAAGCGGGCGGAUCUGGACGCGUUGGCGCGGCAGGCCGCGCGCGCGGCAGGCUGGGUCCCCGCGGACGGCGAGGCCACGCCCGGCGAGGGCGCGGCCGCGGCGCCCACGGGGGCGAGCGAGGGCGCUGGCAGUGGCGCCGGGGGCGGCGACGGCGGCGGCGUGGCGGCAGUAAUCGGGGCGCGGCUGCUGGCGGCCAAAUGCGUGCUGGAUGAGUUGGAGGAGGGCCGAAAGGACUACAAAAAGAAAUUUGCUCGGCUGGAAAAAGAGCAGCGGCAGCAGGAUCAGCCUCGAUCCGACAGCAGCGACGGCAGCGAGGGCGGCGGCAGCGGGAGCGGCGACGACGAGGGGGCCGCGCCGCGCGGCGGGCGCUCGGCGUCGAUAGAGGAGGGGUCCAGUGAAGGUGGUGAGGAUGCCAGCGGCGACGCGGAGGAUGGAGGCCCGCGGCGGAGGCGCGGCGGCGCCGGCGCCGCGGGCGGCGGCGGCAGUGGUGGGGAUGAGGAGGUCGAGCUGGAUGACGUGGCGCUGGCAGCUCUCGGGAAGCUGUCGCGGAAGAGGCGGCGCUCGCCAGGGCUGGGCGGCCGCGGCGGCGAGGACGGCGGGGCCGCCUCGGGUGGAGAGGUUGAGGAGGGGGAUGAGGAAGAAGACAGCGGCGGUUCGGAAGAGGGGAUCGAUCCGGGGGCGGUCGAUUGGGAGCACCUGGAGUCGGAAGAAGGGGAUGAGGAGGCUGGGAGGGCAGGGGUGCGACCGCGCCGCGCCGCGGCGGCAGCAGCGGCCUCUGCAUCUGAAGAUGAGGAUGCGGACGAGGGCGGUGGCGGCCGCGGCGGCAGCGGCGGCGGUUCGGAAGACUUUGGCAGCGGCUCCGGCGGCGACGGCGACGACAGCGGCAGCGACGGCGGCGAGGAGGGCGGCUCCGGGUCCGACGGCAAAGGGGCGGCGCGGCGGCGGCGGCGGGGAACGGACGCCCGCGUGGCCGAGGGCGGCGCCGAGCAGCCGCUGCCGCCGCCGCCGCCCGGCGAGCCGCCAGCCCUGCCCGCGUGGCAGCAGCGGCAGCAGCAGCAGCAGCGGCGGGAGCAGCAGGAGGUGAAGCAGAAGAUGAGCCGCCUCGAGAAGUUCAUCAAGAAGAAGGGCAAGCGGCUGGGGCAGAGGGCGCGGCGGGCGAUGCUAGAGAAGCUUCACGGCCACAGGGCGCGCCACCUGCAGCUGCAGCAGCAGCAGGAGGAGCACGAGCGGCGGCU